GUGAUGUCCCCGGUGGAUGGUGCCGGCGGGAUAGAGGUACCCGAAGCUGGCCCUGCUCCGGCAGCACCAGAGACCUCCCCCGUGGACGUUCCCGUUCCCACACAUCGGCCGUCGCCAACGUCGCUACAGGAGCCGGGCGACCAGGAAGAGGUCGCUUCUGCGCCGCUGAUGGAGUCGGCCCCACCAGAGGAGCCGACGCCCACAGAGCUUCCAGUGCCCACAGACAAGAGUGGAACCGAGAGGUCCGAGAGGAG